AAAAAAAAAAGGGGAGUAAUUAUGUCCAGGACGCUGAAGAAGAAGAAACACUGGUCCGGCAAAGUGGUGGAGUGCGCGGUGUCAUGGGGUAAUUUGGGGGACUUUGGCACCGUGGUGGAGGUCCUCGGCGGAGCGGAGCUGGGACAGUUCCCUCACCUGGGCCAGAUGAAGCUGGACGUGCUGGUGUGUCACGUCGGGAAGCUGCCCUACUACGGGGACGUGCUGCUGGAGGUCAACGGGACGCCCGUCAGUGGACUUACAAACCGCGACACCCUGGCUGUCAUCCGCCACUUUCGGGAGCCGAUUCGCUUGAAGACGGUGAAACCAGGUAAAGUAUUGAACACGGACCUGCGCCACUACCUCAGUCUGCAGUUCCAGAAGGGCUCGCUGGACCACAAGCUCCAACAGAUCAUCCGGGACAACCUUUACCUGCGCACCAUCCCCUGCACCACACGGGUUCCCCGAGACACGGAGGUGCCAGGAGUGGACUACAACUUCAUCACCGUUGGAGACUUCAGGAUCCUGGAGGAGAGCGGGCUUCUCCUGGAGAGUGGGACCUAUGAUGGUAACUACUACGGGACCCCGAAGCCGCCGGCGGAGCCCAACCUGGUGCAGCCGGACCUGGUGGACCAGGUGCUGUUUGACGAAGACUACGGCGGCGAGGUCCCCAGGAAACGCACCACCUCGGUCAGUAAGAUGGACAGGAAGGACAGCGCGGUCCCCGAGGAGGAAGACGACGACGAGAGGCCGCCGCUGGUCAACGGACUGCCCGAGCUCAAAGAGGGGGCGGACUGGAGGAAAGCGGUGCCCAGCUACAACCAGUCCAGCAGCUCCAUGGACUUCCGCACGUGGAGCUCUCUGCCCCGCGAUGACAGCCUGGAGCCCCUGCCCCUUAACUGGGAGAUGGCUUACACUGAGACCGGCAUGGUCUACUUCAUAGAUCACAACACCAAGACGACCACGUGGUUGGACCCCCGCUUGGCGAAGAAGGCGAAGCCCCCCGAGAAGUGCGAGGAUGGAGAGCUACCGUACGGCUGGGAGGAAAUCGACGACCCGCAGUACGGCACAUACUAUGUCGACCACAUCAACCAGAAAACCCAGUUUGAGAACCCGGUCUUGGAGGCGAAGAAGAAGCUGAGCCAGGAGACGGCUGCGAUCCAACAAGCCGCAGCAGCUCCUUCCCAAGGUAAGGGAGGUGCGUUCGGCUUCACCUCCGACCCCAGCGAACUGAAGGGUGAGCUGUACCACACGGCGCUGAAGAAGAGCUCCCAGGGGUUUGGAUUCACCAUCAUCGGCGGCGACCGCACCGACGAGUUCCUGCAGGUGAAAAACGUGCUCGGCGACGGCCCCGCCGCCCACGACAACAAGAUGGCGUCUGGUGAUGUCAUUGUUGAGAUUAACGGGAUGUCUGUGCUGGGCAAAACGCAUCCAGACGUGGUGCAGAUGUUCCAAUCCAUCCCCGUCAACCAGUACGUGGACAUGGUUCUUUGCCGUGGCUACCCGCUCCCUCCAGACGUGGAUCUAAACAGCGACGACCCUCUCCCGCCGCCGCCUCCCCCGCCGGCCACCCAGCCCCAGCAGGCCCUGCACGGCGGCGAGGUGGUGACAGCCGUGCCCCUCAUCAACGGUCAGCCGCUGCUGGUGAAAGGCGACGUCCUCCACGGCUCCUCGCAGGAGCUCCACUACGUCACCACGGACGCCAGCGGCCGGCCCGUCGUGGCGGCGUUGCCCAACGGGAGGCACGGGGAACGGGCAGAGUUGGCGACGGGGAUGCUGCAGCCGGAGCUGGCGAGCGUGCCGCUGGUCAAGGGGCCCGGAGGGUUCGGGUUCGCCAUCGCCGACUGCCCGCUGGGCCAGAAGGUGAAGAUGAUCCUGGACGCCCAGUGGUGCCGCGGGCUGCAGAAAGGAGACGUCAUCAAGGAGAUCAACAGGCAAAACGUCCAGACGCUCAGUCACGCCCAAGUGGUGGACAUUCUCAAAGACUUGCCGGUGGGCAGCGAGGUCGACGUGCUUGUGCUGCGAGGAGGUCAAACAUCCCCUGUGAAGAGUCUAAAGCCUAGACAGGAAAUGACGGCCAGCACGGAGACUUUGGACGGUAUGGUAGACUCCGCCCCCCAGGCCCUGCCUUACCACUCCAACACGAGCACCCUGCGCUCCGUCGACUCCCCCAAGAGAGACGCCGCCGAGAUGUACCUGAAGUCCAAAGCCCUGCUGGACAGCAGACAGCCUCACACCAAAGACAUCGAUGUUUUUCUGAAGAGAGACAUCGAAACCGGCUUUGGCUUCCGUGUUCUGGGAGGAGAAGGUCCACAACAGCCAAAUGUUUUCCCCCAGGUGUACAUCGGGGCCAUCGUGCCCAACGGAGCGGCGGAGAAGGACGGCCAUCUGAGAGCCGGAGACGAGCUCAUCGGCAUCGACGGCGUGAUGGUGAAAGGUCGUUCGCACAAGCAGGUGCUGGAUCUGAUGACCAACGCUGCCCGCAAUGGUCAAGUCAUGUUGACCAUACGCAGGAAGGUCAUCUACAGAGAUAUGAUGGAGGAAGAGGCUCAGGAAAUGGCCCCGGUGCUAGUGAACGGUUCUCCCAAGCUACCUCGCCUGCCAAUGCCCAGCGCUCUGGACCACGAGUCUUUCGACAUCACGCUCCACCGCAAAGACUCGGAGGGCUUCGGCUUCGUCAUCCUCACCUCCAAGAGCAAACCGCCGUACGGAGUUAUCCCACACAAAAUCGGCCGGAUCAUCGACGGCAGCCCCACCGACCGCUGCGGCCUGCUGCACGUCGGCGAUCGCAUCACAGCGGUCAACGGGCGCUCCAUCAUCGAGCUCUCGCACAACGACAUCGUUCAGCUCAUCAAGGAAGCCGGCAGCGUCGUCACCCUCACUGUGGUCCCCGAGGACGAAUACAAGGGUCCUCCAUCUGGAGCCAGCUCAGCGAAACAGAGUCCAGCUCUGCAGCACAGAACCACGGGACAGAGGUCCAUACUGCAGGAUGAACGUUACAACCUGGACCUGGAAGAGAAGAGGGAGGGGCUUAACUGGUCCGACCACAAAACUCUUCCCCUUAGUGAGCAGGGGACGCUGUGUGUGACAGGACCCAACCAGGGGUGUCUGACAGUGGAGUUGGAGAGGGGCCCGAGGGGCUUUGGCUUCAGCCUGCGAGGGGGAACCGAGUACAACAUGGGCCUGUACAUCCUGAGACUGGCCGAGGAUGGAGCUGCUCAGCUGGACGGAAGGAUCCACGUCGGAGAUGAGAUCGUGGAGAUCAACGGGGAGCCGGCACGCGGCAUCUCCCACACGCGGGCUAUUGAACUGAUCCAGGCUGGAGGAAGCAAAGUGGUCCUGCUGCUGAGGCCCGGGGCGGGCCUUGCUCAAGAUGGCAGUCGACAGGAUCAAAAACUCAUUUCACCCACAGGCUACUCCGGAGAGGUGUUUUUCUCUGAUGCAUCACCACUGUCCUCUCCAUAUCCCACCGGGGCUUCCAUCUUCACUUCCACUCCCUUCUCCAGCAAACUGAAACAUUCCCGCAGCUGGAGCAGCAUCUCUCCGCGGGGCAUCCGGCCCCGCAGCAACAGUGCUUUAAGCUCAGUGGAGGAGAGGGUCGAGUGGGCAGACAAGGAGGUAGACGGGCCCUCUCCCACCUCCACUGAGCAGAUGAGCUUCUACAGGAGGACCAGGCCCACGAAAGACUCCAGUGAGCUAAGCAGCCCAAAGAAAACCGAGGAGACGUUUCCUAAAGCCAAAGAGCAACAUCACAGACCCAAAAAGACUGAGAGUCGGGCACAGGAAGAACCACUGAGCAGGAACAGGACGUCUCAGACGCAGACAAAAACCGGAUCCACGAGCCCCGGGAAGUCUCCUCGAGGUGGACGGCAAGUGGCUUCGACCGCGCCGCUUGCAGAGCAUCAACAAGGCCCUCAGAGGAGAUCAAAAGACUCUUCCAGCAGGGAGAGCUUGGAUCGUGAAAAGAGAAACGGCAAAGAGGGGAAUCUCGAGAUCCGGAGGCAUUCGCAUAGACGGGAGCUGGAAGGCACGGUCGAGCAGACCGGGCCGAGCCGCGAGCAAGUGAGUUUCAAAGGAAGGGUGUCGGGAGAGUCUCACCACCACAGGACAUCUCCUCAUACAGUCCGAGAGGGCGAGAAAGGGACGGGUAAAGACUCGGGGCAGAGAGAUGCUAACGGGAGGUGCAAAUCCACAGAAGACAGGAGUACGAGUAAAGAAACCAUCAAGAAAAGGGAGUCCAUGCUGUCCUUGAAAGAAAUGCGGAGCAGAAAGGGUUCUGUCGGUUUGCCGAGAGAGGCCAAAGGAAGAGGAGACGCAUUGUCUCACUCCAAAGAAGUCCGUCGCAGAGAAGACUGUGUGGAUGCUCCAAACAGCUCUCCGGGGACCCCGCAGACCCCGCAGACCCCAAAGGGACCUAUUAGCCCCGGCCCUUGGAAAACGCCCUGCUCAGCCACAAUCCUGACCGAGGCGGAGGUCCUCCGUGACCCUUUGUGAUAGAAUCUCAAGAAUAUUGGAACGGGCACCCUCAGCGGAUUGUUUUUUCUUUUUUUUUCUUUCUGAGAUCUUCCAUUUUUAAAAACCCGAGAAGUUGCGACACGGUGCCACUUUUAUGACCUUUUCUGGGACCACGUCCGCAUUUCGGUCUUUUUUUGUGUGUGGGGGGGGGGAAGUCCUGUGACAUCACGUAGCAGCUCCCCCUUCCGCCUUUUGCUUCAGCCUCUUUCGAUGCGGGCGCAUGCUCGGGGGGCCUUGCCAGACGAGACAUUAUGAAAUGUGAAUAUAUAUAUACAUAUAUAUAUAUAUAUAUAUAUAUGUGUGCCAAUCCUGGGAGCCUCCUGUGGAACGACGACGACGACCAACAGCGCUUCACCCAUUACAAUGCAAUGACCCAUAUGCAAAGAAAAGGCCUCUCGCCUGUAGUAUACACCAAGCGUGACUGCCACCUCUGGUUUGAUUUUGCU